AAAUGGCAGCGUCCAUCUGACCAAAAUAAAGUGUGUCGUGUGACUGUGAGGAUAUUUUGAUUAAAAAAAAUCAAGAACAAACAAUGGCAACAGCAUUCAGUCCUGAUGGGUCAGAGGUCAUUCAGAGGUCAAUAGAGGUCAACAUUGCAAAGGCAUCGUCAGAGACAGAUCUGUAUUCUGUAUAUGAGAUACCCCGCUGUGUAGAAUUCAUCAGGAAAAAUGUCUUCAUAAAGGUUGCAUUGCAGUUUCCCGAUGAGCUCCUACUGGACUCCACGUCAAUCGUCAAGUUUCUUCAGCAGGAAACAGAUGCUCUGGUCUUCAUUCUCGCUGACACUUCAUAUGGAAGCUGUUGUGUGGAUGAGAUAGCCGCCCAGCAUGCCAAUGCAGACAGCAUCAUCCAUUUCGGCCGGGCCUGCCUCAGCCCGACGUCGCGCCUUCCUGUCCUCUACAUCUUCGGCCAGCGACCCAUUGAUGAAGACCACUGCUGCCAAAUCUUCCAGGAAUUCUUCGCCGACGGUUCCCAGCCAGUCAUAGUCAUGUACGAUGUAGUGUACGCGCAUUGUAUAGAUUCCCUCACAAAGAGGCUAACAGAAACCCUACUGUCGGUUGUCCUAUCAAGAAUCCUGGAUCCCGGAGUCGAUUUUGAGAGAAAUAAUUUAACCGACAGUAGGACUAGUAAUGGUAACGAUGAUGAUGGAACGGACAUUGAUUUAGCCUUACUGACCAACUCAAACACGUACUUCCAAUUUGGGCGCCGGUUCACAAUUGGGCGCCAGCACGCGCUCGAGGACUACGCGGUGUUUUAUGUCGGUGCCCCGACUUCGACACUCACCAAUCUCAUGAUGACCUACAACCGGUGUCCAUUUUUCACCUACGACCCCGAGCAUCGGCAGGGCCUACGAGAGACUCUGAACGUCAACCGUCAACUCAUGAAGCGGUACUACCUAAUAGAGAGGGCGCGAGACGCCAACGUUGUCGGGAUCGUCGCGGGCACGCUCGGCGUGAAGGACUACCUAGCCGUCAUCGACCGAUUGAAAACCCUCCUGAAGAAGGCCGGAAAGAAAACCUACACGUUCGUGGUGGGUAAACUCAACGUGGCCAAGCUCGCUAACUUCAUGGAGGUGGACAUCUACGUGCUGGUCUCGUGUCCGGAGAACAGCCUCAUUGAUUCGCAGGAGUUUUACAAGCCCGUCGUCACGCCGUUUGAAAUGGAGAUCGCUUGCAACAGAGCGCGUGAAUGGACUGGAGAAUACAUAACAGAUUUCCGACAAAUUUUACCAGGAGCAGCCAAGCACGUAGAGCUUCCUGCCGAUGACACGACGGAACAGGACUCAACAACAGACGUCUCCUUGGUGACGGGUAAAUUGAGGUCCUUAGGGAAAACACAGGAGUCAUCUGAGACGACGGCAUCCAAGGUCUUAGUCAGGCGGGACGAAACAACGACAGUGGGCACGGUACAUGCUAAUGCGAGUGAAUUCCUAGCAGGCAGGUCAUGGCAAGGCCUGGAGCAGCAGCUUGGCCAGACGCCCGUCAGCAAAGUAGUAGAAGGCAGGACGGGCAUAGCAGCCAGCUACAGCGAGGAAACUAACUAAAGAAUAACAGGAAUUGGAAAGCUAUAGACAUUGUGUACAAGUACCUCCUUAACAGUUACAAAUGAAGAGUUGGGGCCUUGGGAAAAAUCUCCGAGAGAGAUAUUUGAGCAAAAACUGUCGACUGGCACCUGUGCGCGUGGACACCAUUUUUAGCUGUUGGAUAGCAGCUCAACAAAUCAUCACGUCUCUCUGUUAUUCCAUUUGAAAGUUAUUAACAAACGUUGACAUUGUCUAUUGCUCCUACAUAUUUUGACCGAUUUCAACCCAACUUUGUUAAAAGUAUCGGUAGCCCAGCCUCUACAUGUCACAUGACCAAACUGGGGUCAAAGGUCAUCGUGGGGUCACUGGGGUCAAAAACUGAUUUAUUUUUG